AUGUCCUCUUGCAACAAUUCCAUUCCACGGCCAUUGGUAUUUGUCCUGGCUGGAAUUCCUGGCCUGGAAUCUUUCCAUGUCUGGUUCUCAGUGCCGUUUUUCUUGGUAUUUGUCAUUGCAAUCAUUGCCAAUGUCACUAUUUUAAGUAUCAUCCGGAUGGAGAAGAGUCUUCAUGAGCCCAUGUUUCUCCUCUUGGCCAUGCUAUCAGUCGUGGACCUGUGCCUGGUCAGCGUCACUGUACCCCGCAUUCUGGGCAUCUUCUGGAUGAAUGCUAAGGCAAUCAGCUUUGAUGCCUGCCUCACACAGAUGUUUUUUAUCCCUUCCUUUUAUGUCAUGGAGUCUGGAAUCCUCUUGGCCAUGGCUUUUGACAGAUUUGUGGCUAUCUGGCAACCUCUGAGAUAUACAAGCAUCCUUGCUCACAGCAUGCUUGUGAAGAUGGCACUAGCUAUCCUGGGAAGGGCAGUGGCAGUGCUGACCCCAGCACCUAUCCUGGUAAGAAGACUGGAAAGCUUUCAAACUCACAUUAUUUCUUAUUCAUACUGUGCCUACAUGGCUGUGGUUCUGAUCGCCUGUGGAGACAUCUCUGACCACAUUGUCUAUGGCCUCAUGGUUAUUGUAGCAUCUGUGGGAUUUGAUCUGUUUUUUAUCAUUCUGUCCUAUGGACUUAUCCUGCAUGCUGUCUUUCGGAUACCAUCUUGGGAUGCUCGGGCCAAAGCUCUCAGCACAUGUAGCUCUCAUCUUUGUAUCAUUGGUCUGUUUUAUUCUCCUGUUGUCUUCUCUGUCCUGGCCCAAAUUUUAGGGUACCAUUUGGCUCCCCAUUUCCAGAUCAUCUUUGACAAUCUCUACUUCCUGGUGCCUCCCAUGGUUAAUCCUCUUAUUUAUGGUGCCCGGACCAAGCAAAUGAGGGAGCGGGUGCUGCGGAUUCUCCACUGUCAAAGAGACUGA